AUGCCGAAUCUCUCAAUCGUCGAUUUCAACAUCGUCUGCGCCACCCUUGGCGGCUUCAUCACCGUCUUCGGCCUGGUCUCCUACCUGCUCAAAGAAAAGUUCUACCUCUCCGAAGCGCUGAUCAGCACCUACGCCGGCCUAACUUUCAGCCCGCACGCCACCAACUUCAUCAAACCGCUGCAGUACGCGAACAACAGCGAGCAGAACCUAGGCAUCAUCACUCUCUACUUCUCCCGACUGGUCUUGGGCGUGCAAUUGGUUCUGGCCGGCGUGCAGCUACCUAGCAAAUACCUCAAGACGGAAUGGAAGAGUCUCAGCCUGCUGCUCGGGCCGGGCUUGUGUGCCAUGUGGAUCUGUACUUCGCUGAUCGUCUGGGCUAUGGUACCCGACAUUACCUUUCUGUGGGCGCUGGCAGUGGGUGCUUGUGUGACCCCUACGGAUCCCGUGCUGAGCAACAGUAUCGUCAAGGGCAAGUUUGCGGACAAGAAUAUCCCGCCUGCGUUGCAGAAGAUCAUCAUUGCUGAGUCCGGUGCGAAUGAUGGCCUGGGAUAUCCUUUCUUGUUCUUGGCGUUGUAUUUGAUCAAGUACACUGAUCCGUCGGCGCAUGGGGCUUCGCAAAGCGGAGGUGCGAGAGAAGCGAUGGGUUUGUGGUUUGGUGAGACUUGGGGCUAUACCAUCCUCCUGUCCGUUGUGUAUGGAGCGGUGGUGGGAUGGCUUGCGAAAGAACUGCUGCAUUGGGCUGAGGAGCGCCAUUACGUUGACAGAGAGUCUUUUCUGGUGUUUGCAAUCACCUUGGCGCUCUUCACAACGGGAACUGUCGGUCUCAUCGGCUCAGACGAUGUGUUGGCGUGCUUCAUUGCUGGCAAUGUCUUCACCUGGGAUGACUGGUUCCGCCUGGAGACCAUGGACGACAGUUUACAGCCCACGAUCGACAUGCUCCUCAACGUGGCCAUCUUCAUGUGGUUCGGCGCCGUCUGUCCAUGGCAUCGAUUCGUCACCAACACCGUCAUUCCGAUCUACCGCCUCGUGCCUCUCGGCAUCCUGGUGCUGCUCUUCCGAAGACUGCCUAUGGUGCUGACCUUCCACUGGCUGGGCAUGAUUCACCAGAUCGAGGACAUCCGACAUGCCCUGUUUGUUGGCUUCUUCGGCCCGAUCGGCGUGUCUGCAAUCUUCUAUCUAUACAUCGCGCGCGAGUUCCUCGCAGACUUGCUUCCCCGACCAGAUGCUCAGAAAACAGAUGAGGCGAUUGAAAUUGUGGUGUGGUUUCUCGUCAUCUGUUCCAUCACCGUGCAUGGCCUCUCCAUCCCGCUCGGCAAAGUCGGACUAUACCUGCCGAGGACACUGAGCAGUGCGAUUUCUUUGGAAAGGACGUCAGCCUCUCAGAGCCGAGCACGCGAGGACGAAGCAAGACUGGCGUCUGGAACGCAGCAGCACGAACAGAUAGGCCUACGUCCUUUGCGACGGAGGCUAACGAGUAGCGAGCGCGGGCCAGUAUUGGCUUCGCCCAGCUCUAUUUCCUGGCUUCCGAAGAGUUUCGUGAGGGCGGGAAGACACAUUGUGAACGACAUUACACGACCGCGAGGCACCACAACGCAGGACAGCCCGCGAGAGCUGAGCAAGAAAGGAGAGCGCAACGGUAGCGUUGGCCAGGAUGAUGAACCUCGAGUACUCUCGAUCUCUGGUCCUACCGACCCACGCCCCAUUGGACAUGCUGUCAAACGAAACCAAGAGGAUGGGGAUCAUCUGAGCCCGAGGGUUGUGGUGGAUGAGCCUGAUUCGAAGCCGGGCUCAGGCACCUCUACGCCUACUGGUGGUGGCCGUCCUUUCAGAAGCAUUCAAUUCGCAGAUGAGCGCGUGAGGCCGCGGACAGUCCCUGUUUACGGGUCUGGUAGCGGGACUGCCAGUCCGAGUGCUCGCAAAUCCGAAGAUGGAUGA